ACCAAAACUGUUGGUCCCAGUUCCCGCAGUUGCCUUCGGCCUCGACUGUUCUAUCUCUCUAUUUUCGGCCCCCAAAAAUCGAUUGAAACAAAUUAUCCGUAAAGAAAAAAUAUCCACAGAUCAAAAUCAAUAGCAAGUUUGAUCAAUAACCGCACUCUGCAGUGGAUUCAAAUAAUAAAUUUCACUGCAACAGUUGCAAUAGUGUUUUGGAUACUGACGAGUGUAAAUAUUCAAGUGCUUGGAGUCACUCCCCUGGAAUUCCAUCAAUUUCCUUCCUUCUUCAUUGAAGUACUCAUAUAAAUUCAAUGAAUUAACGGUCAACCAUCGAAUAAUGAGGAGUGAUAUAAGUGAUGCGUGAUUAUUGCAACUUUUUUCGGAUUUUCAACAUAAUUUGUGUUAUCCAACCCACCACACACGCGCAUUGUUUCCUGGCUGCCUUUGAUCCCUCCAUGAAUCCUUCGUGAAUCCCUGAUGAUCACAAUAAACCCCCAAUUUUAACCUGAACAAUGCUGACAAAUUUACUUGGAUUAUUCGAUAGAGAUUGAAAACAAUAAUUGACAGGAUGUACGGGCUUCCAAUUCGUUCAGCAUGUCCUGGAGAGGAUAGUCAAGACGAGCAGGAGUCUCGCCGCCGUCAGGAUCCACCAAGAUCGACUGAGGACUGCAGUAAUUUCGACAUUGUCAGAGCUACUCAGUAUGGAGCCCUCGAACGUGUGACAGAGCUAGUCGAUGCUGGUGCUGAUGUCAAUCAGCCAGACUCUGAGACAGUGACGUUGCUCCACUGGGCAGCCAUAAACAACAGAAAAGAGAUAGUCAAGUAUUUGAUAGCAAAGGGAGCCAAUGUCGACGCUGUUGGUGGAGAAUUGGCGUCAACACCUCUACACUGGGCCACGAGGCAGGGACAUCUCGAGACAUUCGCCAUUCUCAUGAGGGCUGGAGCUGAUCCAACCCUCAGGGACUGUGAGGGCUUUGCAUGCAUCCAUUUGGCAGCCCAGUUUGGCCACACUGGAGUUGUUGCUUAUUUAGUAGCCAAAGGGGUUAAUCCUAAUACUCCUGAUCGCAGUGCCAUGACACCUUUGAUGUGGAGUGCUUACAAAGUCAACAGUCAAUUCACUUCUUUUUUCAGCCUGGAUCCGACGAGAUUACUUCUUAUGCUUGGCGCCAGUCACUCAUUGACUGAUAAUCUCCAUGGAAAUACAGCACUACAUUGGGCCAUUGUUGCCAAGAAUAAUACUGCUAUUUCAACCCUCGUUCGUCAGGGGGCUGCACUCGAUGUACCUAAUUUUCAGAAUGAAACACCGAUGACAUUAUUGGGACCCCAUAUCGGAGCUGCUUGGCUUGGCCCUGGUAUUAGCACAGAAAUUGUGGAGAAACAGGGGAGAACAAGGGCUUGGUGUCGCGACAAGAGAUUAAGAUGGUACUGCAUGGUCAGUGCUCCAUUCAUAGCAUUUUAUCUAACUGGAAUGAUAUUUCAAUUGAACAUUGAUUAUCUCGUUAAACUCGGUGCCUUUAUGUUGCUGUAUAUCGGUGCAUACACCGCCAAAACAUUUCUGUUCGACGAGAGACUUUACAAUGUUCUCCCAAUGGCAACGUAUUUAGCAACGAAGAUGUGGAUUUACGUUACUUGGAUAUUCUGGUUGGGUGUUCAUGCUUCUUGGUACCUGUGGCUGCUGCUCGUCGGUGGCUCAGUUCCACUGUGGCUAUGCUUUCUUCGUUCCUGGAGAGGAGAUCCUGGAGUCAUUGCAGCUACUCAUGAGGACAAAUUGAGUACUAUCGUUGAGUUGGCAGAAACUGGGGGUUUCGAGCCGCAGUGGUUCUGCACCACUUGUCUAGUCAGAAGGCCACUGAGGUCAAAACACUGCUCCACUUGUGAUCGUUGCGUCGCGAGAUUCGAUCAUCAUUGUCCUUGGAUCAGCAACUGCAUUGGUGCACAUAAUCACAAAUACUUCCUUGGCUUCCUUGUAUCACUACUUGGUCUGUGCAUCGUAAUACUAUCCGCCAGCGUUCAAUAUUGGCAGUUUGAAUGCUGGUCGAACUUGACGAAUGGCCAUCGAAUCGAUAAUUACUUCAUAGCUGCAGCAACAUGUGACGCAUGGGUUAUGUGGAUAGUAGCUAAUACUGGGCUUCAUGCACUCUGGGUUUCCGUUCUAUUAGGCUGUCAACUCUAUCAAAUUAUGGUCCUCGGAAUGACGACAAAUGAGAGAAUGAAUGCUGGCCGUUACGAGCACUUCAAACAAGGCAAUCCUUUUCAUCGUGGAGCAUUACAAAAUAUCGCGGACUUUUGUAAUUUUAGUUUCUGCGGUAUAAAAGCUAAACCCAGCUCCGACUGGCUCCACAGUUUUGAUACUAAACAUUGUGUGGAAAAAUUACCGCUGCUAACAGGCAAGGACAACUACCAGUAUGUCUAAUUACGUUUUUAAAUUGUCAAUAAUUCGUUGAAAAUAUCGUAUGUACCUAAAUCUCUGACAACACAGCGAACCAGGAUACAUUGUUGCACACUGAGAGCCAUAUCACUUGUCACAACACCGUAUUACUUUUCUCAAAUAUCUCGCGUACUAAUCUUAUUUACCAAAGAAGUUGGCUUGGUCAUUUAUGUGUGGAUUUGUCAUUUGUGAAUAAACAUAUUUUUUAAGAGCAUGUACGGGACGUUUGAAACAAAGGGGAGUGCGAGCAUUUUUGCGAUUGAAAACACGAAAAGAUCGUCGAAAUGUUCUGGAGAAUGUUCUUAUAGAAAAUUAUGGAACUUAAACGUAUAUAAUUGGGACAAUUUCUAGAUCCUAUUUGGAGGUAGAACUUCUAUAAGCCCUGGAGCUUGUAAAAUUGAGCGAAUUCCAUGAUAUUAUCAUCAGAAUAAUAGCACAUCAGGGAAACAUCUAUAAGAAUGUCCCACUCAACAUCUCUUCCUGAUUUUUUCAUAAAUGAAAUAUUAUUAGGUCAAUAAUCUGUUAGUACUGCAUAGAGAAAAAUAAUAUCCUGACGAUAUUCUAAAGUACAAUAGAGGGCAGCUCCCUAUUUUUCGGUAUUCAAAAUUUUCAAUAAUAGAGGAGAUACUCUGCAUGUAAAUAGUUUUCAUCGUUUUUAUUUGAGAAAUACUCAAUGAAAUUAGUGCAUUGUGUUUUCAGGGAUUCAUUUUGUAACGAAUGACUUGUUCGUUAUCGUGUACCUCAAUUUUUUAUGUAUUAAUUUUUUCCUAUGUACAAAUGAAUUACCUGACAUUCCAGGAAGUAGUUCCAAUUGUCUGGGAUUUUUUUAAGGUAAAAAUUCUGGAUGUCACAAUUAAGGGAGGGGAGAGGCUGAUUUUUUUUUAUGUAUAUUCGAGAAAAUUCUGUUAUCCCUCGAGGAUAGAUUUUAUAUGCUGCGAAAUCGAUACACAAUAUGGCUGAGGACGUACUGAGACAUAAAAUCGCUGAUUAAAUUAUUGCCCGAGCGUGAUACAUAUUUAUUAAUUGUUAUGCACCAUUGCAUAGGAGCUCGCAAUUUAAAUAUUUACGACCACAAACAAAAACAGAUCAAUAUAUCGCAUUUGAGCUAAUGAUAAUGAAUCUUUAGUGUCACCAUAAUCAAAUCGGUAUGAUAAAGCAUUGUAGCCUUUGGAUUGAGUAUGUGAAGGGAUUUGGGACAAGAGAACAGUUUUUUUUCACUCUCUAGUCUUAACUUUAAAGCGUUAAAAAUAUUUCCGUGUAUUACUUAUUGAUAUCAGAGGAUGAGUUGAGGCGUAUCAGUGUCUAGAUUAUUCAGAGGCGUAUUUUCAUUCAGUUUUAAUGAUUCUCUGAGAGGAUGUACAACUUGUCUCAUUAGGUAAUUAUUUCACUGUCAUUUAUUCAUAUUUUCUCAAUCAUUAUAUUUAUCACUCGAUGAAUUUACGUUAAUUCAUUGUUAAGACGACUAAUUGUUGUUUAACAUUAGGGAUAAUAAUUUAUAUUUUUCAAAAAUUCAAUUCAUUCCAAGCUGACGAACAAGUUCACAUCCUCAUAGAACCCUAAUUACUAAAAACUGUGAUUUUUACAUAAAGCGUCUGUCUGAUAAAGUAACGUCGAUAAUUUGACGACAAACAACAUGUCAAUAUUAUGUUUUCUCUCUAAACUAGCAAUGUAUUUUAGUGGCAAAAGGAUUGUAAACAAAUUGUAUAAAUUCGAAACAAUGAUUGAUCAUUGAUCUCUCCUGAAGGACGAAAAAUAAAAAAAUGGCCAUUCA